AUGACGGACGUUCCGAACCCUACUAGCCCGGGUGGUGAUGUCCGCCCGGUAGGCCGUACACCGACCAGUAACCCCUCAUCGACGUUGCCGCUGCUUUACGAUCUCGACGCCCUGGCCCAAAUCCCGGUGGGAGAAUUCACCAAAGACAUUCCGCCCGCGCCCAUAGGGGAGUUUACAAAAUCCCGCAAAACGUCGGCACCGACGGGUGCAGGGGACGCGGGACCGUCGUCGGUGCCGGACGAAUCAGGCGACCAGGAUGAGGAAGACUACUCAUCGGCGAGCGACGAGGACGACGAAGACGACCCACGGCCCCGAUGUGGUGCAGGUCCGCGCACGUUGGAAGAAAAACUCAAGGGGGAACGUGCGUUCAUAGAGGAACUGUUGGAUGAGGACGAGCUUGAGGAUCUGUUGCACACGUCGGUCCCUCGAGAACUGUGGAAGGCGGCCGACUUUGUAGAGGAAGAUAUGGUGUACGCGUGCGUCGAUGUGCUCGUGAUGGAGGGUAAGAGCACCCUCAAGUCCUACACCUCAUUGAUUUACCACUACAAGAGGUGGGCGGCGAAGAUGCUUAAAAAAAUAGGCGACAAGCUGUCGGCAGAGGAACAAACGAGGCACGUCGACGAGAUCGGGCACUGGACACACAACAACAAGAACAAGGAUUGGGACAGCGAGAAGGUGGUCAAACGGAAGCACAUCUGGCUGCACGGCCCCCGGGUCACUAUUACGCGGCUGCGCGCCUACAUCAAGUUCCUGAGGCGGGAGUACAAGAUCGACGCCGAAACGAACGCGCCAGUGCAAGCCUACACGGUGCACAUGAUCCUCGGCCGUAUUAAGGCCUGCCAGAUGGCGGUGAGGGUGGAGGCGACGCUCUACAAGGAGAAGGAGUUGGGCAUCAUGCGGGAAAUCUCGGUGGUCCGCUCGGAGGUGCUCACGCUACUCUCCCACCACAGCCUCAUGCGCGGUGCAAGCAUCCGCGAGAUAACGCUCCCCGACAUCUUCUUGUACCGAUUGGCGAGCACCUCCUCGGUGAACUCGAAUAACCAGCCGGUCGUCAUGGUGGUAGCCGCGCGGAACUCGAAGACGUCGAAGGAUGCGCGUCUUCAGCAGAGCUACGCGGCGCGGCACCUCGAGGCGGAGUUGUGCGCCGUCGGUGAGACCGGCCUGUGGUUACACUUCAUCCUCGACCAGAUCGGCCAGUUUCACGGCGUCGACCUCAUUCCGCCGGUCGACACCAGCACACGCGAGCGCUGGUACAAGAAGCACCUUUUCUUUGCCCGCAAUGACCCUGAGCAGCACGAACUCCCAGCUCCCAGCCACCAGCGAUGGACGAGGCAGAUGUGGAAGACGAACGGGGUGUUCUGCAAGCGGAACGUCCAUGCCGCUCAUGCAGGCGGGGUGCAGGAGCUGGCCAUCGACGGUACGUCUCGCGCCGAGAUAGCCGAGCUGGGUCACUGGGCUAUCGACAAGAUGACUCGAGCCUACAUCACAGCCAUUCCCGUCGGCGUGGUGAUGAAGAAGGCCGGCUAUUCGGGUUUCACGCAGGACUACUUCUAG